AUGGAUACAACUAACGAAAUAAAGGGCGAUUAUGCUCCCCUCAGAGAUCCAGAGCACCCACAAUUGGGAAGAUUUGACAAGCCACUUCCAUGUUUUGGCUGUGGUAUUGGAUGGUUCUCUUUUCUGCUAGGAUUUGUAUUCCCAUUGAUGUGGUAUUAUGCUACAAUUCUCUACUUUGGAAAUUACUAUCAUAAGGAUCCAAGGGAGCGUGCUGGACUCGCUGCUUCUGCAAUUGCUGCUCUGAUCUGCACAAUUACUGUGGUGAUAACAAUAGUUAUUAUCUUCUUGUAA